UGGUAGUUUAGCGCUGAGGCGGCAGUGGCGCUGGUGUGGUGUGAUUUUGGUGUUGUGCGAGGAAAAUUAUUGAAAUUCGUUUGUAUUUUGAGCAAAAGGCCAUAGUGGAAAUUAAUUUUAAGUAUGUGUAGUGCGGCGUGCGUGCAGUAGAUUUGUCAAUUGUGAGUGUGCAGUGUGCGUGGGAGCGAGAUUUCGCCCUCAACGCCCGUCCUUUCCGUGACCAAGUGCGGCGCGUGUGGCGAACCUUGACUGUGUCGCGGAGGAGUUGGAAAAACGCAGAAAUCUCACACCUUGUCGGCAGAGCGGCCCUCGCGGCGUCACCAGUCGCCCCCCGACGACCUCCUGGCCGGAAAAGUGCUCGUAGUGAAUCGUGAAUCUGCUUGACGGAGAGCAGCACAAGUGCGUGCGAAGGAGUUUGUGCGAGGAUGUCUAGUGAGGAGGAUAAACCGCCGGCGCCGCCUGUGCGGCUGACCAGCAAUAGAGAUCGAAGCGACGGAGUGCCGCCGGUCGAGCGUCCGCUUCCCAAAGAGCCUGAGGAUGCGGACAGGAAGAAGAAGACGCUGAAGAGCAAGAUUAAGGGCUCAAAGACGUCGCAUGCGGACUCGAAGCCCAACAUUUCCUAUCCCACGAACUUCGAGCACACUGUUCACGUGGGAUUCGAUGCCAUCACGGGGGAAUUCACGGGAAUGCCAGAAGCAUGGGCGCGACUCCUCAUGAACUCCAACAUCAGCAAGCAGGAGCAGAAGAACAAUCCGCAGGCUGUUCUCGAUGUUCUCAAUUGGUUCGACAACAGCAGUAAACAACGUCCGAGCUCCAAAUAUAUGACAAAUGCCACAACAACACAUUCAGCAUCGUCACUAGGGUCGUCGCUGAGUCGCGUGAGCAGCAGCAGUCCCAGCAGCACGCCGACGGACUCUGAGUCGCAUCCGCAGGUGAUACAAUACAACACACAUCAUCAUCUUCCAGCGCACGUUCCCAGCCUCAUCCCGAUGCCACAGCUCGCGGGUGAUCAGGAGGACGUGGCGCCGCCGAUCGCCAGUCGUCCUGAGCGCACCAAGUCCAUUUACACGAGGCCUAUUGAGAACGCGCCGACGAGCAUAACGCCGCCAAUAUCAGUGCAUCUCAGUCCGACGGUGAAGAGUCCGACGCUGGACAGGAACAAGAACAAUGCCACGAUCGGCGUGACGACAAAUGCCAACAGUGGCACGCCAACGACCAACAAUUCCAUGUCGCCGGUGCAGCAGGCGGCGCCACAGGUGCCCACAAUCGGCGGCACGUCGCCGCAGCAGACGCCGAAUGACGUGACGACGGGCUCGCGGGGUGCGGGCAAGAAGAAGAAGAUGACGGACGAGGAGAUCCUGGAGAAGUUGCGCACGAUCGUGAGUGUGGGCGAUCCGAACAGGAAGUACACGAAGAUGGAGAAGAUCGGGCAGGGCGCGUCGGGCACGGUGUACACGGCCAUCGAGAGUAGCACGGGCAUGGAGGUGGCCAUCAAGCAGAUGAACCUGAGCCAGCAGCCGAAGAAGGAGCUGAUCAUCAAUGAGAUUCUGGUGAUGCGAGAGAACAAGCACCCGAAUGUGGUCAAUUACUUGGACAGCUACCUGGUGAACGAGGAGCUGUGGGUGGUGAUGGAGUACCUCCCGGGCGGCUCGCUCACGGACGUGGUGACGGAGACGUGCAUGGACGAGGGCCAGAUUGCGGCGGUGUGUCGUGAGGUGCUGCAGGCGCUCGAGUUCCUGCACAGCAAUCAAGUGAUCCAUCGUGACAUCAAGAGCGAUAACAUCCUGCUGGGCCUGGACGGCAGCGUGAAGCUCACGGACUUUGGCUUCUGUGCCCAAAUCUCGCCGGAGCAGUCUAAGCGCACCACGAUGGUGGGCACGCCGUACUGGAUGGCGCCCGAGGUGGUGACGCGGAAGCAGUACGGACCCAAGGUGGACUUGUGGUCGCUGGGCAUAAUGGCAAUAGAGAUGAUCGAAGGCGAGCCGCCGUACUUGAAUGAGAACCCGCUGAGGGCGCUGUACUUGAUCGCCACCAACGGGAAGCCGGACAUCAAGGAGAAGGACAAACUGAGCACAGUAUUCCAAGACUUUCUCGAUCAGUGUCUCGAGGUGGAGGUGGAGAGGCGCGCGAGCGCCUUUGAGCUGCUGAAGCAUCCGUUCCUGAAACUAGCACGUCCACUGGCGAGUCUCACGCCACUCAUCAUGGCGGCGAAGGAGGCGGCCAAAGGACACUAAAUUGCACGCGCGAUUGUGGAAGAAAGAUACGUAGACUUGAGAGCAUAUUUAAUCAAUUUUGCGAGUAUUUAUUGUUUUUUUUUUUAAUAAUUGAGGAACUGUAUGAACGAAAAUUGUAUUAAUUGUGUAACAAUAAUUUAUUGACGGAGAGAAGAUAGAAGAAAAAAGCGGAGGGAUUUUACGGCGUGAAGAAACAAUGACUGUUGAUUGUGUAGAGGAAAAGAAAAGAAAAUAAAAUAUACUUUACUUUUAAUCAAACACUGAAAUGUACAUUUUUGGUCUUAUAUAUUUUAAAAUUAAAGAAACAAAGUCAAAAUCUUAGCGAUAGAAUUAAUGUUUAGAAGAGCCAUGAACUUUCGCCGAGACCAAGAAAUGUUUCCUUAAAAGAAGAAAUGAUUGAUAAGAAGGAAGAGAUGCAAAGCACAAGGAAUGUAUUAAGGAUUGUAAAAUGAGACUUUAAAAAUAUGUUGCGUGUGUGUUGCGAAACAGAGGCAAAAAGGAGUAGCAAGAAUUAUACAAAAAAAAACAAUGUGAAUAAUAGGACAUAGAAUUGUGACACGAAGACGAAGAUGAAAAAAAAACACAAAAGUGCUUUGAAAGUUGCGCAAUUUCGGGGGCACAAUUUGUGUGGUGUAAAGAGGCGCGCGCGCGAUGUGAAAUUGAGGGCAUUUCGAGGAAGUUAAAGAGAGAGAGAGAAAGAGAAGUUAAAAUAUGACGGAAAGAUCAUAAAAUCAUAUAAUGUAAAAAUAGCCAACAAUCUUGAGUGGAGAGGAAAAAAAAAGAAGAAUGCAGAAAAGCCACGUGAAAAAGAAACUUCUUAAUGGACGAACGAAGAGAGUUGAGAAAGUGAAUGAAAUGGAGAAUAUUUGGUGAAAUAUAUCUAUAUAAUAUCUCUUGUAUAGUGUGCCUAUUUAUAAAAUAUACAAAAAUAAAUUCAGAUGGAGGACGAUGAUGAUGAAGAUGAUAAAACGACAAAUAUACUAAAGCGAAGAGGUGAGGAAACACACACACACACAAAGAGAUGAAUAUUCAUUGAGGAGAGGCGCGGAUGGAACAACACUAAGUAUAAAAGGAUAUUUAGGCGGUACACCGAAGCUAAGAUUUAUAGGAAUGUGUAACAAAUUGAAUGCCUGAUAAUAAGUGGAAUGAAAGACAACUGAGAAGAGCUGAAAGUGUUUUUUUUUGAGUGUGUGAAUGAUAAGAGUGCGAAAGCUUGAAAGAGGAAAGAAGAUAAACAAUUUUUUUCAAUUAAUUUCUUGCACAUAUUUCUUGCUACUUAACAAUACUUAAACAAACAAAAAAUAUAUUUCUUAAAAGGAGAAGAAAGAAGAAGAAAAACAUUACAUUUAGUAAGAGAGAAACUAUAAAAAUCUUAUAAAUUGCAAUUGAUCGAUUUAGUGAGGAGAGAAAGAUAGUUUUUCGCCUCUUCUAUCGCUGAUAUGAAAAAAAAACAAUUUGUUAUACUAUUUUUUAAAAAUGAAAAGAAUUAUUAAUUUAUCACCUACAAGUAGAUUAGAUGCGAUGAAAAAUUUUACUUUCUAUGAAUUCAAGGAGAAAAUUAAUUAAUACACAAGAUGGUAUUAAAAUUGCCUGCAUUUAAUAAUAGCCAUUAUUCUACGAACAAAUAAUUGUAUGGUAUUCUUUAUAAAAAAAAAUAUAAUGAAGAAAAAAGGAAGACGAAGAAGAGACAAAGCAGAAAUAUGAGAAGAAUUUCAAGUGACACAAUUCGGUGAAAGAAGUGGAAUUGUUAAGUGAGACUUUUCAUAUAAUUUGUGAGGAUUUUCAUCAUCAAUCAAUUUGAAAGGUAAAAAAAAAGAGAAGGAGAAAAACUACCGAAAAAAGUGACAUGAAGAACUCUAUAGAAUUUAGGCUGUGUCCAAAAUUUAUCACAAAAUAUCAAAGAAAAACUUCCCUUCACAUUAUAGAAGUUAAUUUACCUUCCAAUUUCCUCAAUCAUGUUGAAUGCGAGAGAUUUUUCUGAAGGACUCAGGACUUGAUGAAUCACAGUUGUAAAAAGAAAAAAAAAAAUAGA